AUGCCUCGCAGAAAAGGGAAGCAUUUUGACGUCGCUGCGUAUAUGGCCGAAAGUCGCAAGGAGAAAGCCAAACUAAUAGAAGCGACCCUCGCUAGGGAAAAGAAAGUGGAUGCUCUGAGAAAGAGGCUAGAUCGUCUUGAUAAGAAGGUAGCAGGUUAUGUAGAAGAGAUAGAAGAUAAGGAAGGAAUUAGGGCAGAAUUGAAAAGUGGUGAGGCAAUCGGUAGCUAUAGAAAGAAAGUUAAGGAUAGGAAGGCAGGUUUUUUAAGUGAGAAGGCAGUUAGAAUGAGAAGGAAGAAUCCAACUACAGGCACGCAUGGAAAUCUUAGUCAAUCCACCUUAAGGCAAAGAUGUCAGGAGACAAUGACCGCAGCACUAGAAAUUCAUGGGGCAACACAAGAAAACAAAUGUCCAGCGACUGUUGGUUUAUUGGAGGCAAUUGAUGCAAGAUCAAGUGUGAAGGAUAUAACAGAAGCAAUGAGUAGUGGUAGUGGUAGGAAGUUUAGAAAUAAGAUUUUUCCAAAGGUAUAUAAGCAAGAUCUUAGCAAAUUUGAAAGCUCAACUGAAAAUAUGUUAAGAUCUAUUGCUCUUUAUUAUAGUAAAGGCGUUAUGGGUAAAGUUAAGUAUAGGUCUGUUUGUAAAGCGCUUGCGUAUAAGUGUUUGGUUCCCAGGAAGAAGGCUGUUCGUAUUGAGGUCUCCAACUGCCCUAUUCCCAAGCUUGCCCCUUACCAGAAACUAAUGUCUUACAUUAAAUCUAUAGACAUAGGUAAGUUGUACAGUGUUAGGGAUACGCUUUGUGAAGAUUUGGAUGACCAAGACAAAGUCAAUGGCUGCUACCGAAACCUGGAGGAACUUUUGUUGAAACUGGCUGAGUUUUAUUUGUGCAAUGAUUUCUAUGAAAUCCUUACUUUUGGUGCUGAGCCUUAUACCUUUUAUGUCGCUCUAGGUGGAGAUGGUGCUCCCUUCGGGAAAAAUGACAACUCAUGUUCUUGGCUGGUCAGCAUAUUGAAUAUUGGAAAGGGAGUUUUAAGUAGCAAUUUUUUAUUGUUUGGUGCAAACUGCAAUGAAAAUUGUGUGCCGGUGAUGAGAUUUAUAGCUCGUUUAAUUACAGAUAUCAGACGAAUUGAGAGCACCACAUACACAUUAGCAUAUAAGGGCUCUCCUAUUAAUGUGAAAUUUUACAUUUCAGAACUACCAAAUGACAUGAAGAUGUUGGCAUUUCUUGGUGGUGAGCUAAGUAAUAGUGCAAAAUAUUAUUCUUCAUUUGCAGAUGUGUCUACUGAUACCCACAAGGACUUGAAUGGAAGCUUUGGAAAGGAUAAACUGUGUACAUGGAAGCCUUGGAAGUAUUCACAGAGAUUGGAAGUUGUAGCUGCAGUUGAAAAACUGAAGAAAAAGGUAAGUGCACAGAAUAUCUCUGAGGCAACCAAAAGGUCAAAAGUUACUAAGUUUAUAGCUGAAAAGAAGAGCAGGCAAGAAUUUGUUCCACUCAUUGGUAAGCUCAUAGAUCGAGCACAUGUGGAUCCUCUGCAUCUGAAGAAUAAUCUUUGUGCCUUAGUUCAUCGCCACCUCCUUAACAAGGCUAUUUCAAUGUCAAAGCUUCCCGAUUCUGCAACAUCAUUUAACCGUGUUUCCCAGCAGUCUCCCUUUUUUAGAUUUGUUUGCGCAUUAAGAUCAAAGUGUUCACUUUCUAGAUUAGCUAAGAAAGUUCAAAAAUGGUUCAACGAAACUGGUGGGAAGGGAAAAGAUUUUGAUUAUAGGUUUACGGGUAAAGAUUCCAGGUUAUUUUUGCACAAUCUUAUGUUCUUAAUUGAUAUUCUAGAGCAGGUUGCAACAGGUAUGGGCAAAAAAGUUCUUCACAUUCAUGCUUACCUUUGCCUUUGCUUGCGUGAUUGCGUUUCUUUACUUAGCAGGGUCACUAUAUCUGACGAGGAGGUAAGUAGACUGGAAGAACGUUGCGCUUCUUUUUAUCGCGGAUAUAACCUGUUUUUCAACAUCAACAGCACUAUUUGGACACUAGGCCAUAUUGUUCCUUCUCACACAAAAGACAUGAAGGGUAAGUAUGGAUUUGGACUUGGUCUAAACUCGAUGGAAGGUAGGGAAGCGAAGCAUAUUGCUAUUGCAACAUAUGCCCGAAAUACCGUGUAUCAACACCGAUGGGAGCAAAUAUUUCUUCAUGAAUAUAUUUCUCUCAUUUGGUUGCGGGAGAAAGGUUACCGUACUAACACUAUUUCCCAUUCAAAACUUUCUUAUGUUCCUAAGCACGUCAAAAAGGAUGGAUAUUGCUCUUGUGGUUUGAAUAAGUUGGAAACUGAUACGGAAUGCCGAUUUUGUAGCGACGGUUUGCGGGAUAAAAUUAAGGUUAGUAUUGAAAACGGAAACGUUGUGGUCUAA